CCUUUCUCGUAGUAGGAUUGGUAAUGUCGCCACCCGGAAGUCUAAUUUAGAAAUGUUUGUCCGAGCGUUUUCUUAAAUCAGAAUCUUUUUUUCCUUUAUGCGUGAUGAUUGAUCAGGCAGUGUGAUGGAGUCUGAGCGUACCUCGGCUUAUGGCAAUAACACAAAUGUAGAUUUUACUCAAAGCACUGACGAUGACCCUCUUAUUGAUGGACCACUAAUAUCCCAAGAUGUACUGGAGUCAGUGAUUAAGAGAGAGUUUCAGAAAUUACCCACUCAUUGGGCAGUGGGUGUCCUCUCGUUUUUACACUAUUGUUGCAAGACUGUGGUGUUACUGGGAAAAGUUUCACUCUGGGUGAUGGUCUUUAUAUAUGAUAGAUUUGUUCAGCAUCACCACAGCGCCGUGAGACGGAGAGGUUAUCUGGACUUCUACAGACUGACCCGAGGAAUAAAAAACCUUCCACUGCUUAUUCACUCUGCAGGUAAUGCAGCGAUCCUGACUGUAAUUGCUCCAUCCUCUAUGCUGGAUGCAAGUGUGAAGAAUCUGUCUGUAUAUCUUCUGUUGGCCAUCAUCUGUCUGGAGCUACUGCUGUCAGUUAUAUGCUUGCUUAGAUAUACAGUACAUGUGGUGAAGUUUAAUAGCAAGAAGCCACAUCCUGAUGUGACGGAAGAAGAGCGCUCUCAUGCCUGCUCCAGCGGAUCACAUACAGAGACAGGCUUCAGGGACGGCUCCAGUUUGGAGGAUGUGGUGGAAAAGCAGGCGGACCUGAUUGAUUAUCUCAAACAGCACAACAGCGUCCUGAGCAGGAGGAUCCUCACGCUGACCGCCCAGCAGAUCAGAGCCUGACCCAUGCAAACCGAGCGAGUGACUCAUGAUGGGCUCUGAAGCCUUGCGUGCGAGUGUGUGUGUGUGUGUGUGAGCGUCUAUCUUGACUGGCAUCGGCAGCCAUGGCUCACUGAUCAGAAGGCUUUUGGUGGGAAAUGAACCCUGGUAACCUCUCUAACAACGCUUUCACGUUUCCAUGACGACAAGUCUGGGUAGACAAUGGCUGCAAUUAGGAAGUCAAAAAACUGCUGCAGAAAUGAUCAGUAAAGAUGCUCAUUAUGAGUUUAUGGGAUAGCGAGAUCUAAUCAAACUAAAAGCUUUAUCGUGUAACUUGUGGUUUUCCUUGUUCGUGCCUGUGAGAGCAUGAAUAAG